AAGUCCCGGUCGGGAUCGAGCGAGAGUGCGAGUAUGCGCGCGUGUGCAUAGCGGUGUGCUUUCGCGAAUGCAUCUCGGGUAUAUUUUUCUUACAGCAGAGCAAAAAGAAUAUAUAUAAGACGACGUCAUAAUACGGAGAAUAACGACGACGUAAGCGAGAACAGACAGAGAGAACGACGGGUUAUCAGCAUCUUGUUUGUCGCUACUUAUCUGGCUGGGUUCGCAACGAAAAGUGGCGCGAGAGGGUGGUCGAGAGUAUAAGAGACUGCAAGAGGCACCGGCAAGAGCUGCUGGUGCACGCAAUCAGGAUGCGAUCGAGGAGUAAUACAUCGAUUGUAUAUCAAGAUCCUCGAAGACACAACUUCAGUAUCGAGGAUUCAUUCGCCUAAGAACUGUGACCGUUUCUUUUCAAGAGUGCGGAGCGACCGAUAACGUUUACGGCGAGAAAGAGAAGCGUGAAGAAGCUGAAGGUGCAAUCCUAGAAGGAUCCAGUAUCUAGCAGUAGAAAGAUCACGAAAAGGGUGAAGGGUAAAAGCAUCUAAGGGCGGGUGGGGGGAUGCAGCUCGAAAGGGUGGCGGCAUGGAGGAGCACUCGUUGGAGGCUCUCAUGCAGGCGAGCCUUAUCCUCGUGGUCGCCAUCGCCAUCAUCGUCUCGAAUCUCCUCAUCAUCGCCACCUACCUCAACUUCCGCGGUCCCUCCGAGGUGAUAAACUACUAUUUGUUAUCACUCGCCUCGGCAGAUCUUCUGUGUGGUGUGUUGGUGGUCCCGCUUUCGGUGUAUCCGGCUUUGGUACGAAGAUGGGUCUACGGAGAUAUCGUGUGCCGACUUGUCGGUUACUUGGAAGUCACACUUUGGGCAGUAUCAGUAUAUACCUUCAUGUGGAUUUCUGUAGAUCGCUAUCUGGCUAUCAGGAAACCAUUAAGAUACGAGACUGUACAGACGAAAACCCGUUGUCAAUGCUGGAUGGUCUUCACAUGGAUCAGCGUGGCGAUGAUGUGUUGUCCACCCUUGCUCGGUUUCAACAAACCAAUCUUUGACCGCGAGGCCUUUAUCUGUAUGCUCGAUUGGGGAAAUAUGGCCGCAUAUACCAUCACGCUGUCCAUUCUCGUGUUGGGACCGUCAGUCAUCACCAUCGUCUACACGUAUUUCUACAUAUUCUCCAUGAUGAGGCGACUAAAAUCCGGUGUUCUAAUCCAUGACAAGGAGUAUGCUACUGCGCUAUCAGAAAAUCUGAGCAAUCCAAGUCACAUUAUGUCCUUCGUUUUGGAUGGCUUUUGGAUGUCAUGGGCGCCGUAUGCCGGAUUAAGAAUAUACGCGGUUGUUAACGGACCUCCUCAGGUACCGUUUCUACAUUUUGCUGUGGUAUGGCUGGGAGUCACAAACAGCUUUUGGAAAGCAGUUGUACUCAGCACAUUAAGUCCCCAGUUUCGAUUGGCCGUGCGAGUGCUCUGUCUCACCAUAUGCUGUCGACACAGGCGACUUCCGCCAGAACUCCUCGGCCUCGACGACGACGACUAAUAUCACAUCGAUUACGUUUACGAGCAGCAAUGCUGAUGUUGCGUUCUGUUCGAUACGCGGUGUGUUCUUAAGAAGUCGCUUUCACCUCUAUUCAAAAAUCGUCCUCGCAUCUUACAAUUAGCACCACUCGCAAGAUGGUUCUUUAAAACUUCGCGC